GAGGAAGGGGAGCGGCGGGGCCGGCGCCCCCCGGGCCGGUGCGUGUCGGGGGAUGUCACGGGCGGCGGUUCCGCGGCGCUGAGCGGGCGCGGAGCGGCGCGGCCCCGGCGGGCGCGGGGGAGGCUCCUCGCCGCCUGCCCCGCAGCGCUCCCGGAGCCGCCGGCCCCACCGGCACCGCGCUGCUGCCCUGCCCGCACGGCUAUUUCUAAGAGAGAGAGAGAGAAAAAAAAAAUUAAUCCCCAAAGCCCUGACAUCGCUGGCGGAGGAGCCUCCAAAUUGGGAGAUUUGGCGACUUUUUGCGUUUUUCCAGCCGUCGUUUCUUUUCUGUUAUUAUUGUAAUUCUGUGCGAAAGGAAGUUAUGAACAACUGCAAGUCAGGAAGUGGAAAUCCACACCGGUUGUGACAAGCUGGGGCUAAAAACUAUUUCAUUAUUUAUAUAGAUGUGUCUAUCAACAUUCUGCUUUUCAUCCAAAGAAUAAAGGGAAAUACCGGCUAGUCCUAUGUUUGACGGUGAAUGACAGACCGCAUCUGAGGAAAGGAAGGACUAAAUAUAUCAGCUAAGAACACCACCGUUAUUUAUUGAACUCAAGAGACUUUUUUUAACCCAAAGACUGAGCAAGAGAAUUAAUGGGUCAUUAAAAGGGGAAAAAAAUUUUAAAGGCCCUUUUGCUUCUGAAGCGCAGCUAACCUCAAAAAUAGGAGUAGUACUGGUAAGACAGAUACUCAAAUUAAGGCUUUACAAGAUGAAUUUUCUAUCCUAUGGAUAUCAGUUUUGAGACUACAAACCCAGAAGAUCUGUAAUUGAUCUAGCACCAGAUAAUUUCAAUGCCUAAUAUUCCCAAGGAUUGCUGGAGUACCCUAGGAGCCGCGUCGGACUGUACUCGGGGUAUGCCAUGGGCUGUAUUCAGAGUAUUAGCUGCAAAUCCAAAGUUUUCCGGGAAAGUAUUUCAGUGAUUGAAGUCAAAGCCUCCAUCGAUCCCAUUCCCACCAGCAUUGACGAGUCCUCCAGCGUGGUCCUGCGCUACCGGACCCCUCACUUCCGAGCCUCAGCGCAAGUGUUGGUGCCCCCUCUUCCCAAGAAGGAGACCUGGAUUGUGGGCUGGAUCCAGGCUUGCAGCCACAUGGAAUUUUACAAUCACUACGGAGAACAGGGGAUGUCGAGUUGGGAGCUUCCCGAUCUACUGGACGGUAAAAUCCAGGCCAUCAGUGACUCAGACGGGGUGAACUAUCCCUGGUACGGAAACACGACAGAAACCUGCACCAUCGUGGGUCCCACCAAGAAGGAGUCCAAGUUCAAUAUCAGCAUGAACGACAACUUCUACCCGAGCGUGACGUGGGCCGUGCCCGUCAGCGAGAGCAACGUGGCCAAGCUCACGAGCAUCCACCGGGAUCAAAGCUUCACCACCUGGCUGGUGGCGACCAACACGGCCACCAACGAGAUGGUGACCCUGCAGACUAUCAAAUGGCGCAUGAGGCUGGGCAUCGAGGUCAACCCCAGCAGGCCCCUGGGGCAGCGUGCCAAGCUGCAGGAGCCCUCUGCCCAAGAGCAGCCCCAGGUCCUUAGCAAGAAUGAGCCAAUACCACCCAGUGCCCUUGUCAAACCCAAUGCCAAUGAUGCUCAGGUACUCAUGUGGAGGCCAAAGGAUGGACCACCACUCGUGGUGAUACCUCCCAAACAUCGGUAAUACACACCUGGCGUCCCCGGCACCAAAAAGGGAGAACACAAAAACCUGAAGCAAAACAAUCACUUAGGUAUUAGGAUACACAUGUAUAAUCUGAGCAAAAUCAAAAUGCACUUUUUAUUCAUUCAACAAAUGCAACCAUUCUACCUUCUCCCAUUGGGACGGAUUUCACUGUGCUAAAGCUAAAGAGGAGACCUUUGGACUGGGUCUGUCUCAUCACUGGAUUUCUAAGGGAAGAAACUAACACUGAUGUCUACCCUAUAGCUUUUUUUUUUUCCUUCCCUACUUUAGUUCCUGUUUGAAUUUCAGUCUCAUUAGCUUGUCCAGACUGCCCAGAACAAUAAGAACAUUUUAUUUGGGAUUUUAAGAAAUUAUUUUAUUUUCUUUUUGGUUGAGAACGAAACAAGUUCCUGGAGCAAAAAGUUGACUAUUUAAGAUAAGGGAUUUUUUUUUUUUUUAAAAGCAGUAAGGUUCUGAGUUGCAAAUCCAAGUCAUGCGGCCUUAUGUAGACUUUGCUUUGCAUUGCCAAACUUUUGCCUUAAAGCUAUGUUUGAAAAAAAAAAAACAAACAAACAAACAACAAAAACACCACCAGGCAGAAUGUUCUUUCUACAGAAUUUUGGAGAGAAAAUUUUGAAGCCAGGAAUAGAUUGUCAGUGUGGCACGGGCUGAUGGAUGAAAAGGGCAUGAAAUUGGAAGAAGCGAGAUAAAAAGAAAACCUUCCUGGUUUUAAAACCUGGAACAAGGAAGCACGGAAAUAAUCUCAGUUUCAAAGCAAUGCAAAUAACAAACCUGCUGUCAGCUGGCUCUGGAAUGGGAGCUACCAGGCCAUCUCCCUACUUUGCAGGAGGGGUAGGAAGCAGCUCACGCUGCUCACCCGUGGUGAUCUCAGCCUCCCGUUAACAUUUUAAUAUGGGAUAACCUCACAGCUGGAAUUGUGGCCCUGGGAGUCAAUAUCAGUCAAGGGGUGGAUGUCCCACUGUGUUUGUCUUCAGGACACACAGAUGUUUGCCCAACUAGCCCAUAGUCUCCCUUUCUCAUGGAUAAGAGCCAAGGGCUUGUGCACUGGCUGUUGUUGGGUGAAGCUCUGUCGCCCCGUUUUCCCAUGAAAUUCCAAUGACGGUGCUGUACAAAGAGCAGGAUAUAAAAAGCAUCCUUCUGAAGUCAUUGGAGACUCAUGGGUGUCAGCGAGGGCAGAUCUUAUCUACCAAGCCUACCCAGCAAUAUCCAUAAUUCAGGAACAGCCACAUCUGAAAACUAAAGGCACCCAUUCCCAGCAAACACAGCAGAGACAGCUGUGGAAAACUCUUCCUCCUGUGAUAACAAACCACAUUGGGGUUAGUAGAUAAUUUUCUUCCCAGUGACCUCCCGACCUACCUGACUGUCAGGAAUGGGGUACAGACAGGACCAUGACACCAUCCCUGUCUGGUCAUGGCACAAACAUCCACUGUAGCAAAGGGUGAUGCACGAGAAGGUGCAGGCAGGGCAAGACCUGAGCCUUGGGUGUGGAUCCUCAGUGAGGAAGGAGCAUUUGGAGGAGGAGGUGGAACCUGUAGGGUUCAAUAAGGACCAGAUGGCUUCUGAGAUAACCAGAUGCACUUCUGCAGAGGAAGGUGGCACGGAGGAGCUGUUUGAAUGGGAGGGACGUGGUUUGCAGGCAGAGGAAGUUCUGUGGUAAAGGUGGCAUCUGGAAGCUGGGGCACAGGAUGGGGAGCAGAGGAUCUGCCCUGCUCCAGCACAUGGCCCGAGGCAGACCACUUCCCUCUGCAGCUCCUUCCCCUAGAAAACAUUUCUUCCUCAUAUUAACAACUUGCCUCAAGAGCUGAGACUGAGGAGAGCUCCGUGUGCCAGGUACAAGCCUGGCCCUGCUGAGCUGGUCUGAACAGGUCUCACAACCCCACACGUGCUGCUCAAAAGGCUCUCCCCUCAGAGAGGCACCAAUUAGCUGCUAUUCUCAUCUUUAUCUUCCACACAGGACAUUACCAGCAAGAAAUUCUCCUUCCUCACUUCUCCACAGCCACACCACCGACUUUGGCAGCAGGUUCAACGUCACCCCCUGCCCAGGGAACACGCACCCAAGAUGUGUCCCCCACCAAGACAGCCUCCAAACAGCAAACAAGGAUCCUGGGGCCCUGCAGCCAUCCCCUCAUCUCCAGGGGAGCCCACCCUCCUCCAUCCACUGGCUUUCAGAGAUGUUCAGCCCCAGAGCUACUCCCUUCCACGGGCAGAUCUCUGAGGUGGGAAGUCCAGCAUUACAAGCAGCUUGCAAAUGACUGGACUGGAUCAAACCCAAAUCCAUGAGCCAAAGGGUGCCUAGAUCUAGGCUUUGGGACUAUACAGGAUGAAGCUAGAGAGACUUGGACUUGCACAGUCACUCUCUGUAUUAAACUCCGUUUUCUUACCUGGAUUCAGAUCCAACUACAUCUCUACUGGCACAGCCCUUUGGGACUUGUCUGUAUUUUCUCCGAGGCAAUACAUGCAGAAGAGGACAAACUGUGAGCUGUGGGUGAAUAGCUGAUCACACUCACACGCAUCUCAGCUGCCACUGAGGUGCUCUCCUGGGCAGUCCUGUGGGUGGGAGCAGAAGGGGGAUUUGUGUUUGGUAUUCACUUUGUCUCCAGGUGCUGAGUACUUACAGUUCUCACUGAUGUCAGCGUGGGUCAAAGGAAUCGGGCCCAGUUGUCUUAAUUAGCUGCACGAAGGAAUUCCAAGGAAAGAUUUCUUCUCAGUCACCAAAAACCACAUUCAGGGAACACCUCUGUCCUUUUCCACUUAGCUUUGUGUUGGACUUUAGUCUCCCAGUGCAUUAAGUAAAUCUGGUUCCUCCUAUUCCCUCUACCUGGUGGACUGGAUGCAUCCAUGCAAUUUGGUAGAAACCUCUUGGCUAAUUUGUCCUGUUGCACUGAACGGACCCAGCUAAGCAGUAAAUACAAAAUUCGAAUUUCACGUUGGGGUCGGCUUUGCAUGGACUCCUCCCUUCCCAAAGAAUGCCUUUAUCCCGUGCCUAGGUCAAAACGUGCCCCUCCACCUCCAUUUGCAUCACCAGACAUGGCACAGAAAGUGAUGCUGCCUCUUGGGAUUUCAUGCGUUGUGAUUCAAAGUGAUGUUUUCCCAGUGCUGCUUCGUUACAGAACUGAUAGGGACAGAUUGUCUAUAAAAGGAAGGAUGGCUGGAAGUAACAGGGCUCUAGACACCGCUGUUGCUCCAGCUGGUUAAUGGCCGUGUGGUUAGAACAGGGAUUGGCAGGGUCCCAGUGGGGACUUAAAUAUCUGGGGACCUGGGGCAUCCUGCACUGAGCAAGGCGGUAAAUGAGCAGAGGUAAAUCAAGCUCCUUCUCUGGCAGCUUUUUGCAGAACAAGGAAUACACAAAGGAUACGCUGGGAAGGUGAUGAGGCACCGACAUGGGAUACGGGUGUGUCUCUGCCUCACCCCUCCCAUCAACGAUGCUCAGCUCUUUACAGCCCCAAAUCCCCACAGGAGCUGAGUGUGCAGCCUGACCAUCCCUGUCAAAGCCCUGUCGUGGUGCAGGGUGGGAAGCAGGAGGGCUCAGACCAUCCCCUGCACCCACUCCCCAGCCAGGGACAGGCAGGAGCUGCCGAGCCUGGCCAAGGUGCCGAGCAGCAUCACAGACCUUGUGGUUCUCCUUUCCUACCCUAGACACCGAGAUGAGCGUGGGAAGAGAGGGGCAGCCCCUCGGAGAGUCAGUCAAGACCCUCAGCAGCCUUGGGGAGGGGUAGAGACCUGUAGAGCCGGCGUGGCAGAGAGCAAGGGUGGGCCCAGCAGUGGGGGGAAGGUGAGGGCUGCCCAAGCCCCGGCACCGCCGUCCCUCCUGCCCUGGCUCCUGGCGCAGCAAUAAGAAUCGUCUUUGGUCUUGCAGAGAUACUGUGAAAACAAAAUCAAGAUGUACCGAGUCUGGACACUUAACAGAGAUGUAAAAAAAAAAAAACAAACCCAAAACCCUGCUUUUAUAACAGACGGAGAAAUAAA